AUGGAUGAAGGAACCAAAAAGGCUCGCAACCGCAUUCUUGGCCAAAUCAAAGUGGUCCUUUCAGAGCUUCUACGAAAUAUCGGUUCAUGCACGAUGCGAAUAGUUGGUGACACUCCAAAUAGUGUUCUCGAUCAUGAAGAUCUUUUAGAAUCUGUACGCCCAUUUGUUUCAGAGGUCGAGGAGUGCAUCCGACAACAUCACCCAGAUGAUAAAACUCUUUUUAUUGCUGCCAAAUUCUGCCUUGGGAAACACUCCUAUUUUGUCGUUGACGUUAAUAACACCCGUUAUAACUAUGAAACCGCCCAUGAAUGCGAGGAAUUGACUCCUGUCUAUUACCUUCGCCUAUCAAGAAGACAGCCCACAAUUCUUCGAAAACCACCGCUGGAUGCAACACUCUCCAAGAUUCUUAUGGUAAUGCACUAUUGGCAUGGUCAGGACCCUCUACCUUUAUGUGACAACCAUUUUGACCCAAAUUUUUGCUACCCCAACCCACGCCACCCCGAGAACUCUGCACAAGAAGAUUUGAGUACAUGGACCUGA